AUGGCCAAGCAAGGUCUCAUCUUCGUCAAGGCUAAGUCUGAACCCUCUUUUGCCGGUGGUCCCGGCAGCUUCGACAUCGAGUCUUCUUAUCUGUAUAUCAGUGUAGACAGCACGCAAGAAUAUGGGUAUCUGGGCCUUUUCCCCGCCUCCAACAUCUUUGCUCUCGACGCCAAUGCAAUCCAGAAGGAACUUGGAGGCGAUGCCGAAGUUCGGAUCUUCGAGCGCCUGCUAAAAUUCGAGCCGUUGGACGAAACGAAGCCUGGUACGUCCAUACAUGGCUACGUAGCGUGUGCAAACAAUGAAUCUGGAAAGAAUGCGAAGCUAACCAUCGUUCACUUGAAACUAGGCAGGUCCUCGUGCGCGCACAUAGCGACCCUAGAUCCUGCCGAAGGCGCAGAGAAAGACUUCAACGACUGGUAUCGUCUCCAGCAUUUGGAUAUGUUGUCCACCUGUCCAGGAUACCGUCGCUCCUUCAGGUACAAGUUACUCGCUUCCACACGCGAGGGAUGCCCUGCUUGGACCGCAAUCCACGAGUUCGAGUCCACUGAUCUCCCCCUCAAGGAAAUCUCGUUCACUACCAAGACCGAAUGGUCAAGCAAAAUAUUGUCUGAAGCCAAGGCAUUUGAGGCCGAAAACUGGGAAUUCAAGGGAAUGAGAGGUCGGGAAUCGGAUCUGUAG